GCGCAGUAGCCUCCCAGUCCAGGAGGAGGAGGUGAUGUUGCCUUUAGAGAUUUUAAUUUCAUUUUCAUGAAAAGUGAUGAUACUAAAUAUCUUUGCUGAGCCAGAGCUGUCUGAGGCACUGAGGAAUUUUUCAUGAGAAUUGGUCACCUUGCUCCAUUCCCCUGUUGCUCUGUGGCAUGCCAGAAGGCCGUAAGAGUUUGGGUGUCUCCAAAUUGAAGAGUCAAUGUACUGAUUGCAAGUGAAUCCUCCUCAGUCAACCUGUUGGAUGCCUCUGAGAAUAUAAGAAGUCAUGGCAGAAAAUGAUGCAAUGCCAACCUUACCAAAAAAGUGUGGCCCAUAUAUUUCAUCUGUAACCAGUCAUGGCAUGAAUUUGGUAAUUCGUGGUAUAGUGCUGUUUUUUAUUGGCGUAUUUCUUGCAUUAGUAUUAAACUUGCUUCAGAUCCAGAGAAACGUUACUCUCUUCCCCCCUGACGUGAUCACAAGCAUCUUCUCCUCAGCUUGGUGGGUACCACCUUGCUGUGGCACAGCAUCAGCUGUGAUUGGGUUAUUGUACCCCUGCAUGGACAGACAUCUGGGAGAGCCACAUAAGUUCAAGAGAGAAUGGUCCAGUGUAAUGCGAUGUGUAGCAGUCUUUGUGGGAAUAAAUCAUGCCAGUGCUAAGGUGGAUUUUGCCAACAAUAUCCAGCUGUCUCUGACAUUAGCAGCACUGUCGAUUGGACUGUGGUGGACAUUUGAUAGAUCACGGAGUGGCUUUGGCCUUGGAGUGGGAAUUGCUUUCCUGGCCACAUUGGUAUCACAGCUUCUUGUGUACAAUGGAGUUUAUCAAUACACAUCUCCAGAUUUCCUCUAUGUUCGUUCCUGGUUGCCAUGUAUAUUUUUUGCUGGUGGAAUAACUAUGGGCAAUAUUGGCAGGCAGCUGGCAAUGUAUGAAUGCAAAGUCAUUGCAGAGAAGUCUCACGAGGACUGAGAGGAAACAAUAUGCACCGUUUAAACAGGAAAUUUUCUGACAAAUGACUGUUGGAGGAGCAUAAGGAACACUUGACUAUGAAAUUGCCAAAAUGCAAUUUUUUUCCCUUGAGUGGUAUACUUUACUGCAAUCUGUGAUUGCUGCUUCUAUAGAAACCUUGAUGUCUGAUUUUGAUUACUGUGAAGUUAUAAUAGUAUGCAAUACAUUUGACAAUAUUGGUUCAAUUAUAGGAUUCUUUUUUUUCCAAAUCUAAACAGUUUACCAUAAAUUCCUGUUUGUCCAUAAUGUUGCAGUGCCAAACUGAACCUUUGCACUAUGUUUCUGUAGCUGAAACUUCUUGCUUCACUUUAUCUUGAAAGUUUUGAGGAAUAUAUUCUAAACAGCUAGUGAAAGAAAGGGGGUUCAAAUUUCGGAAUGAAGAUCUCUUUCCAUGAUGAUAACCCAUAAUAUCUGUAUGAAAUUUAUGGAUUACAGGUGAGCUUUGAUGCAAUAAGUAACUGAUUUAUGCCUGUUAACACAGUGUAUCAUUCUUCUUACGCACAGGUGAGGAAACAAUACAGGUUAUGUGGGUUAUUGCUGUAGCAUUUCAUUGGUCUGUGGUAUGUGCCCAAUAUCACAGAAUACAGAAAUGGAAACUGAAUCUAGAAAUUACUUGCUAUUUUUCCCCUGGUACAACCAGUAUACAUGUUUGUGUAUGAAUUUAUUGUCACAUGUGGACAGAUUUUGAAACUACCCGUGUGCACAACGUGAUACAGUUUGGGUUAUUCUUGUACAAUCCUUUAAGCUGAUUUGUGUGGUUAGGAAAAAAAAAUCUUAGGGAGUUUUUAUUGCAAAAUUUAAUUCUGCUGAAGUAAAUCAGCCACUGCCAUAUAGUGUCAUAAACCCCUCCAUUACCAAUGUUACUCUUGAUAGUCCUUGCCGACCACCUGCUCUGUUGGCAGGGAGCAGCAGGAGGAGGCCAGGCUGUAUUUUAGGUGCCGAUGUAGCUCUUGUUUCUGUGACUGUGUCCAGACAACCAUAAAUGCAUUUGUUCUUACAGCAGUUUUCUGGGGCAGAAAAAUGUUUUACCCCUGUUUUACAGGUGCCCGUGCACAGAAAGCUUGGCAGGACAGCAAGCUGAAAUAGGCUGGGUGCUAAUCAAUUCCCUUCUUAAGAAGGAUUUCAGUUUGUGACCCAUAUUUGGGGGCAUAAGUGGAAUUUCCUCUUGGCUUUGCAGCUCCCUUUUAAGAUCAUGAGAUAAAAGAACUUGUGCAACAAGGCAGAAAGCAGACUUCAAGAGGACACUGCUAACCUGUGCUUACAGUGAAUUUGGCAUGGGAUGUCUCCACUUUGUUUUCCUCUUCUAUCUUUCUUGAUGAUGUUUUAAUGUAUUUGUUUUCCUUUUUUGUCUUGAAGUACUGUUUUUUAAGUCUUCCAUGAAAGGUUUAUAAGACAUGUUACAGUCACCUAGGGAGGCUGGAGUUGGUCCAAAGAACACAUAGAUGUUUAGACAAGUUUUUAUUAACGUGUGAAUGUGUUGUACAUGAAGCCUGUACACGAAGCUUGAACUAGGCAACUCUUUUUCAGUCUUAUCUGCUUACCUCCAAGUCUGAAAGGUAUGGAAUGGAGCGAUCACGGAAGGAAACUUUAUUGAAUGGGGAAUUGUAAAUGUGAAAAACAAGUGUGGUAUAAAGAGCUUGGUUCUGCAGCUCCACAAAGUAUCAUCAGCUUGUCAUGGUUCCGUGGCAGUUCAGCACCAACAGCACAUGGUCAUGGGAUAAUGUUUCAGGAAAGCACGUACAGAGGUGCUCUGCUUUAAGCAGAGGUAGAACAUGUUUAAGUAGAUCCCUGACUAGAGAUUUUCUCUUACCAAACCAUAUGGCAAUAAGAAGCAUUUUAUUAAUAAAACCAGGAAACUGGGUACAAAUGACGGGUGAGUUUCUUUAGGUAUGCUCUGGUGAUUCGCUGAAGAAGCUGUUGGGUCUCUCACAGUAUUUCACCUCAUCCACCUUCUUUGCUUCAACAAAUGCCUUCAGCUUGGUGGGCCCGUGCAGCAUGGUGGGCAGCAUGAUUGGGCAGCAUGAGUGGCAUAAAAAUUCAGAUAUUUCUUAUCCUAACUGUAGAGAACACAUGGUACCUCAGUAGCCAGUGUGCUGACUUGGUAAACAAUGUAGUUUCAUCAUGACCAGUGAGUGUGUACAACUGGAGAUGAGUCGCUUUUGUUAUUCCCUUGGUGGUAGAACUGCUAUUACCUGCCAGUCUUGAUACUUAGACAGAAGCAGCCUUGUGUAUGUUAAAAUGUGCAGUAUGUGAGAAGUGGUUAUUGUGCUUCUGUGGCACCCACUUUACGGCACUUUGCACUCAGAUUCAGCUAAACCUGGUUAGACUGUGCUGUCUGCUAACGUUUAAAUUUCAUUUUGGAAAUUUUAAGCAUGUUGUGCAAAGGCAGCAAUCAUCCAAAAUAAAUUUGGGUGGAGUCCUUUAUUAUAUGUCUUACUGUUUUUAUUCUUAUUUGACUAACAUCAAUACAGGAUCACGUUGUGGGUGUCCUGUUGUUUCAAACUGCGCUGUAAUUUUGUGGCUGAUGUGUUCAAACCCUGGAAAAGGUUCAUGAUGAAAAUGCUGACGACCUUAACUUUAGUGGUGGGAACAUGCUGCUACUGUAUAGCAUGUCAUUUUAACAUUAUAACAUUAUAACAUUAGACUCUUAAAAAUGUUGUUCAGUAGAGAAUGAAUAAGCUAUAUUUUCUAUACAACUUUAUAAGCACUAUAACCUCUUCACCAAUUAAGCAUUGUGAAGUCUAUGCUGUUUAAACUGGCAAAUUGCCGAUAAAAGCAAAAUGUGCAUUAAAUACAAUUCCAACCUUGA